AUGCCAGUCGGACCAUUCGAUGGGCGCAAGAAACGGUCAAGAUGCAUUGCAUGCGCUAAAAGCCAUCUCAAGUGUUCUGGAAACUCUCCGUGCAAUAAUUGCCGGAAGAAACAUAUUACAUGCAUAUUCGAGAUGCAAAAGCCGAUGCAAAUCUGCAUCAAUUAUGCAGAAUCUGGUAAGAAGAUCGACGCUGCCCUGGAUGUGCCUAUUACCCAGAGUGGCCCGUCUUCUCAAUUGGGUCUGAGUCUCUCAAAUGAUCACAUUUACUAUCUUUCCAACUACUUCAACACAUUUUUUCAACGCAAUAUUGUCAAUCCAAAGACAACUGGAUUUAUUGAUGUGGUCAGUUUAAUGAAAGAUGAAGUCUCAGGUGGUUUUCUCCAUCAUGCUGUUCUUUCAAUUGGGGCGAUGCAAGCUGUCAAAUUAAACUCGUCCGAAGGAAUUGACCCGAGUAAGGCUUAUGGCUUAGCUGUUGGUCAUUACUCAAGAUCGGUGAGAGGGUUAAGGCAGGCUCUUGAUCAAUUCCACCGACGACCUAGCUCUCUUCAUUGUGUUUUAUGGACAACACAUCUUCUGGGACUUUUUGAGCUUAUGACCGAUCCAUCAGGAGCAGGUUGGGUGCAACAUCUGGUCCAUGGUACCUCCAAGGCUCUCGUUGCUGCAGGUCCAACGGUGUGUCAGUCAGUUCUUGGGCAACGAUUUUUUGCAGAAAUUCGCGUAUUUGAAGCCUGCCGAUCCAUCAUAUUUAAUGAACCUACGUUUCUCGCAAGUCCAGACUGGAGGCUUGUCGGAGAAGAGAUUCAGAGUACAGGUCGAAAUGACAAUUGUGGUUUAAAUGAACUUCUCAACAUCGUUGUUUCCUGCUCAACACUUCGUGUCCGUGUACAUAACCUUCUCUACCCCCAAGAAGUUCAGACCCCAGACCGGCAGGGAACAGGUCAGGAUAUUGCCUGUGAUAUUGUUUCCGAGGGUUUUCAUCUGAGGCAAGCUCUUAUUGAUUGGGAUGCCAGUUUGGAUUCCUCAUUUUCCGAUGGGACAAGUGACAACGUGGCGGCUAAGAGCUUUUCCUGUCUGACACAGGCAUUCUUUUCAGCUACAAGCAUUUAUCUGUCCGGAAUCUUUGACUACGAAAUGCCAUACUGGAAAGGUAUGGGCAUUGUGCCCCCUACCUUGAGCGAAGAGGAGAUACAGAGGCACGUGAGUAACAUCCUCGCAAGAACACAUAUGAUUCUCGGUAACUCUCCGAUCUCGCCAUUGCUGGUGCUCUUUCCUUUGCGUGUUGCAGGGGCGCGGACUUGGCAACAGUGGCAGCAAGACCAUAUUAUGCAGAGCCUCUUGGCCGUGGAGAUGACAUUUCCAGUUGCUGCUGCAUUCAGGGCUGAUCUACAUGACUUAUGGGCUCGAAGAGAUCCUUUGAUCUAG